CUUAGUAUGAAAAUGUGGUGAAAUAUUCAUUUUAAUUUGUUUGUCUGGUUUUGACUUGGUACAGAGUUUGAAAGUAAAGAAUGAAUUUUGAAUUUCUUGUUUUAAUUUGUUUGUCUGGUUUUGACUUGGUACGGAGUUAAAUUGAGUAAAGAAUGAAUUUUGAAUCUUCUGGUCUAUACACUUUUGUUUUUUCAGCUUAUUUGUGUGCAUGUUUGGUAUGAAAAUGUGGAAAAAUGAUUGAAUUGAGUAUUGUUUAGUCCCUUGUUUUAAUUUGUUGUCUAGUUUUGAUUCGAUACGGAGUUUAAGAAAGUAAAGAAUGAAUUUUUCUUGAUAAUCGUGGUGUUUGGGCAAGUUUGCACUGCACUUCGACUAAUUUCAUGAGAUAAUUGUCACCUCCACUAGCAACAAUUACUAGGUAACUUUAUCCACUAACUCUAGGACAGAUGAAAAGAAAUCACCUAGUGUUUUUUCACAUGGGGUUAUGUGGAAUGAUCCUUACCAUUGGAUGAACGAAACCAAUGAUACCUGAUUUUAUCAAAUAUCUUCAGCAAGAAAAUGCAUAUGCUCAAUAUUUUAUGAAGGAUACUGAGGAAGGGCAAAAGGUUCUUUUUGCUGAGAUAAUAAGUAGAAUGCCUAAUAAGAUUUCUACUCCACCUGAGCUAUGGGGUCCUUGGUUAGUUUAUAAACUUAUUUAUAUACAUGUUUUGGUAUGAAAUAUGGAGAAAUAUUUGAUUUUGACAUUAUUGAAUCCUCGUUUUAAUUUGUUUGUUUGAUUUUGACUUACACAGAGAUUAAGAAAGUAAAGAAUGAUUUUUUCUUGAUAAUCGUGGUGUUUGGACUAGCUUGCAAGCGCUUCCACUAAUUCCACGAGAUAAAUGUCACCUCCACCAGUAACAAGUACUAGGUUAUACUAUCAGUACAUUCCAGAAGGGAAGGAGUUUCCAGUAUUAUGUAGGAAAUUGGCUGCUGAGAGCAAAGGUUGGAUGAAGACUCUAUCGAGUUAUGUGAUUGGCGUUUCUAAGGAGGAACAAGUUCUGCUUGACUGGAAUGAAAUUGCGGAAAGAUAUGGAUAUGUGCAUGUGGGUACAUGUCGAGUGUCUCCAGACCACAAUUAUCUUGCUUACACAAUUGAUGUUACUGGUAGUGAGCAGUUUGUGCUUCAGAUUAAGGACCUCCGAAAUGACUGCGUUCUGCCAACCCUGGGAGUUGAAGGGGUUGUUAGUGUGGAAUGGGCUCAAGAUUCUUGUACUUUCUUCUAUACAUUAUCCGACCAGAACCAACGCCCUUACAGGGUACAUUGCGUAAAACUGGGAUCAGAUUCUGUUCAUAAUGUCCCAUUGUUUGUUGAAAAUGAUUCCGGUUUCUGUGUGGAUAUAGCAAGUACAAAAGAUGGAAAGUUUAUUACUGUGAAUUCUAAUUCAAGAACUUCAUCGGAGGUUUAUGUCAUCAAUGCAACCAAUUUGCAGACUGGAAUUCAAAGAUUUUGUAAGCGUGUGUCUGGUGUACAAUACUUUCUUGAACAUCAUCAUGGCUUUUUCUAUGUUCUCACAAAUUCUCGUAAUGUUGGUGAGGAAUCUUCACCUUCGAGUGGAGAGUAUUAUUUGGCUAGAUGCCCUGUUGAGAACUUGCAGUCAACCUUUUUGCAGAAUAUUAUAGAACCCAGCAGAGAGAUUUUCAUCCAAGAUAUGGAUAUGUUUGAUGAGCAUCUGGUGCUUUUUCUCAACAAAGAGGGUUCCUCAUUGAUAUGUUCUGUUGAUAUGCGAACGAUCAUCAAUUGUGAGGAACAAAUGAAAAUUGAUGAACUUAGCCCAUGGUUCUUUCCUCUUCCCUCCGAUAUGUGUGCAAUAGCUCCAGGAUCGAAUCACGAUUUCACACUAUCUGUAUACCGCGCUGUUGUUUCUUCCCCAGUGAUGCCUGAUGCUAUUGUUGACUAUGAUAUGUCAAGAAGAACGUUCUCUGUCAUUCAGCAAGAAGAAGUAAUUAACAUUUCCCACAAGACUAAGUACCACUCAAACAAUGGAGAGAGAAGCAGAAAUGAGCUUCUGGGCACCACUUCAAAGAAGGAAGACAACAUUCAGAAUAAUGAAGUACAGAGAUGGAGUGACUUUGCUGAAAUUUAUUCCUGUCAAGAAAAAGAAGUGAUUUCGCAUGAUGGUGAAAGGAUUCCUAUAACUAUUCUGUUCUCUCAUAAAGCACAUAAGAAGGGUCAAUCUCCUGGGCUUCUACAUGGAUAUGGAGCAUAUGGAGAAAUGCUAGAUAAAAGUUGGUGUAGCGAUCGCCUGAGCUUACUUGAUCGUGGUUGGGUGAUUGCAUUUGCUGAUGUAAGGGGUGGUGGUGGUCCAGAUCCUUCAUGGCACAAGUAUGGGAGUGGAAUGAGCAAGUUGAACUCUAUAAGUGAUUUCGUAUCAUGUGGCAAGUACCUUCUCAGUGAGGGUUUUGUUCACGAACGUCGGCUGGGAGCUGUUGGUGUAAGUGCGGGAAGUCUUCUUGUUGCGGCAGCUAUUAACAUGUACCCUGAACUUUUUCAAGCUGCAAUUCUGAAGGUUCCUUUUCUUGAUGUGUGCAAUAGCUUGCUGGAUUCCAACUUGCCUCUCACUGUUUUAGACUAUGAAGAAUUCGGAAAUCCUCAAUUACAGGCCCACUUUGACUAUAUUUUGAAGUAUUCUCCUUAUGACAAUAUUCCUGAAGGACUUUGUUGUCCGCCGAUGCUUGUGAAAGCUUCAUUGAACGACUCCAGAGUUGGCGUUUGGGAAGCUGCAAAAUGGGUGGCCAAGAUACGAGAUAAAACAUGCACUCAGUGUUCUUCUUCAGUCAUAUUGCAGACAAACAUGAGCGGAGGACAUUUUGGUGAAGGUGGUCGUUUUGGGCAAUGCGAGGAAGCAGCUUAUGAAUACGCUUUUCUGAUGAAAGUCCUCGGGGAAUCUUGAACUCAAAUGCACCUUAUGGAUUUUGAUAACGGAGGAUCAGUCCAGUGCUGUUCUCCUAAUGACUGAGAGACUAGCUGGAAAAUGUUCACCAACUAUACAGCUCUACAUUAUCCAAAUGCACCCGGAAACUCUUCGUGGUACAUAAACUUCCUGCUCGGUAUGAACGAGAAAAGAAAGAUGAACUUUAGACUAAGUUAUCGACUAAUCCUUUUAGCCAAAUUCGGUUGAUGUGCCUUUCUUUGCUAGUUGCAGAAUGGUGUGGAUCGCGAGACGAGCUGCAGAACACCAGAGGUUGACUGAUGAGUUGAGAAACUGUGGAAAUGACUCUGAAGGUGUUCCUUAUGUUAUAGUCACAACUCAUAACCAUGCAAGUCCUUGGACCCGUAAGUUCAAUGAUACAUCGAGGUUCGUUGACCAGUGGUGAAGUGAAGUCAGGAAUUUCGCUAAGCUUAAUGUAUACAUGUUUAUAGAUACUACUGAUAUUCUACAUAUAGACGCAGUAUAAUUUUUAGGAGAAAGGUGUUCAACUGACCAUACUUCACCUGCUGUAGCUCCAUCACUGUGUUAAGCUGCUACGAUAUAUUUGUACUAUUCUUAAUGCUGCUUCAUCGGAUAAAUUCAUCUAGUGAAAGAAUGGAAAAUAUGAAUGAUUCAAAAUA